AUGUAUUGUCUCACAGUUCUGGAAGCUAUAUGUCCAGGAUCAAGGUGUCCAUGGGGUUGGUUCCUUCUGAGGGUUGAGAGGGAAGAAUGUGUCUCCCUCCUAUCUUCUGGUGGUUGGCCAGCAAUCCUGGGCAUUCUUUGGCUUGUGGAAGCAUCACUUCAUCUCUGCCUGCAUCUUCACGUGUUCUCCCUGGAUGUGUAUCUGUAUCCAAAUUUCCCCUUUUUUAUAGAGACAGUAGUUUACUGGAUUCACUUCAGUUCAGUUCAGUUGCUCAGUCGUGUCCGACUCUUUGCGACCCCAUGGACUGCAGCAGGCCAGGCCUCCCUGUCCAACACCAACUCACUGGGUUAG